AUGCCCGCGGGCGCCGGGGCCCUCGCGCGCGCAGCCCGGGCGCUCUGCAGGAGCUCCGCUCUCUGCCUCCAGCGCCCACCCACCUCCUUGCCGGGACCCCCGUCCUGCUGCGUGGGCCUCCCUGCAUCCGGCGCUCGCCGCUGGGCCCGGCCGCCGGUGAGGAGCGCGUCGCUGUGGGGCAGGGCCGCCGGCGGUGCGCGUUCGCCCCCGCCGCGGGCCGCCCGGCCGCGCCGCCAGGCCUGCUCGGCCGCGGAGGACAUGGCGGAGCAGAGGUACUGCGUGGACUACGCCAAGCGCGGCACGGCCGGCUGCAAGAAGUGCAAGGAGAAGAUCGUGAAGGGCAUGGUGCGCAUUGGGAAGAUCGUUCCCAACCCGUUCACGGAGUCUGGCGGCGACAUGAAGGAGUGGUACCACGUGAAGUGCAUGUUUGAGAAGCUGGAGAAGGCGCGGGCUACCACCAAGAAAAUCGAGGACAUCACGGAUUUGGAAGGGUGGGAAGAGCUGCAAGAUGAUGAGAAGGAACUGAUCAACCGCCACAUCUCAGAAGCCUCUUCCAAGGCUGCAAGCACACCCAAGAAGAAAGCAACAAUCCAAGCUAAGAUCUCUGCCACUGGACAAAUAACCAGUCCCAAAAAGGAUCUGCUAAAUAUGGUCAAUCCAUCACCAAAGAAGUUCUCUGGCUUCACAGCUAAGCCAAAGAAUUCAGAAGAUACCUCUGCAGAUUCUUCCCACAAGUUUAGCCUGUCUGCGAAAAAGUGUGAUCCGAAACACAAAGACUGCUUGCUGCGAGAGUUCAGGAAGCUCUGUGCCAUGGUGGCAGACAAGCCCAGCUAUAACGUGAAAACACAGAUCAUCCAGGACUUCCUAAGGAAGGGAACUGGAGGAGAUGGUUUUCAUGGUGAUGUAUACCUGACCAUUAAACUGCUGUUACCAGGUGUCAUUAAAAUUGUUUACAACUUGAACGAUAAGCAGAUUGUGAAGCUGUUUAGUAGGAUUUUUAACUGCAGCCAAGAGGAAAUGGUCCGGGACUUGGAACAGGGAGAUGUUUCCGAGACCAUACGCCUGUUCUUCGAACAAAGCAAGUCCUGUCCUCCAGCUGCCAAAAGCCUCCUGACCAUCCAAGAAGUAGAUGAGUUCCUAAUCCAGCUAUCAAAGCUCACAAAGGAGGAUGACCAGCAAAGUGUGCUGCAAGAUAUCACCCGCAGGUGUACAGGGAAUGACCUGAAAUGCAUCAUCAGGCUAAUCAAGCAUGACUUGAAAAUGAAUGCGGGAGCAAAGCAUGUGUUGGAUGCCCUGGAUCCAAAUGCCUAUGAAGCAUUCAAAGCCUCACGUAAUCUCCAGGAUGUGGUAGAGCGAGUCCUGAAGAACCAUCAGGAGGCUGAGAAGAUGCCAGGCCUGAGGCGAACCCUCAGCGUGCAGGCCUCUCUGAUGACUCCUGUGCAGCCCAUGCUGGCUGAAGCCUGCAAGUCAAUCGAGUAUGCGAUGAAGAAGUGUCCAAAUGGGAUGUAUGCGGAGAUCAAAUACGAUGGGGAGCGGGUGCAGGUGCAUAAAAAUGGAGAUCAUUUCAGCUACUUCAGCCGAAGCCUCAAGCCUGUCCUCCCUCACAAAGUAGCCCAUUUUAAGGAUUUCAUCCCCCAGGCUUUCCCUGGUGGGCAAAGUAUGAUCUUGGAUUCAGAGGUUCUUCUGAUUGACAACAAAACUGGCAAGCCGCUUCCUUUUGGGACUCUUGGUGUGCACAAGAAAGCUGCCUUCCAAGAUGCCAAUGUUUGCCUGUUUGUGUUUGAUUGCAUCUAUUUCAAUGAUGUCAGCCUGAUGGACAGGCCCCUGCGGGAGCGCCGCAAGUUUCUCCACGAUAACAUGGUUGAAAUCCCCAACCGGAUCCUCUUCUCGGAGAUGAAGCAUGUCACAAAAGCUUCAGAUCUGGCAGAUAUGAUUACCCGAGUUAUCCGUGAGGGACUGGAAGGACUGGUGUUGAAAGACAUAAAGGGUAAUUAUGAGCCAGGAAAACGGCACUGGUUAAAGGUGAAAAAAGACUACCUGAAUGAAGGUGCAAUGGCUGACGCAGCAGAUCUGGUGGUGCUGGGAGCUUUUUAUGGACAAGGCAGUAAAGGUGGUAUGAUGUCCAUCUUCCUCAUGGGUUGCUAUGAUCCCAAGAGUGAGAAGUGGUGCACUGUGACCAAGUGUGCUGGUGGCCACGAUGAUGCCACUUUGGCUCGCCUGCAAACGGAGCUGGAUAUGGUGAAGAUCAGCAAGGAUCCUGGUAAAAUUCCAAGCUGGCUAAAAAUUAAUAAAAUCUACUAUCCUGACUUCAUUGUUCCAGAUCCAAAGAAAGCCCCAGUGUGGGAGAUCACAGGGGCUGAAUUCUCCAAAGCAGAAGCCCACACUGCAGAUGGGAUCUCUAUUCGCUUCCCUCGCUGCACCCGCAUUCGAGAUGACAAGGACUGGAAGACAGCCACCAAUCUCCCACAGCUGAAGGAGCUGUACCAGCUCUCCAAAGAGAAGGCUGAUAUCAAUGUUGUUGCUGGGGAGGAAGAGGAGUCCACAGCUGGCAGCAGCGGAGAGAAUGAGGGAAAUUCCAGGUCUUCCACACCACACAAGACUAUAAAAACUCCUCCAAGCAAGUCACCUGCAAAGGCCAAGAAGCCGGAAGGCCUCAAAGCAGUCUUUGCAUCCCCUCAGAAAGUGGAAGAGAAACGAGGGGAGAAGCGGAAAGCAUCAGAGGAGGAGGAGGACAACGGAGAGAAGGUGCUGCUGGACAUAUUCACGGGGGUGAAGCUCUACCUGCCCGCCUGGGUGCAGGACUUCGACAGACUCCGGCGGUACUUCAUUGCCUACGACGGGGACCUUGUGCAAGAGUUCGAUGCCGCCUCCGCAACACACGUUAUAGGGGACGUUGAGGAGAAUCCUGGUGCUAAGCGUGUGUCUCCCAACUGGAUCUGGGAAUGCAUUCGGAAACGGAAACUGGUAGCCCCAUGCUAAGAGCAUGGGGGAGCUCACUGGUCUUGAGACAGCUUUACUUCAGGAACUCCCUGAAGGGAACAGCAGGGAACUAGGUAGGUGGGGAAGAAAGGGUGAGAUUCCUCUGUGGGGAUCCAGAUAGAAAUAAAAGGCCCAAGUACCUCAGAGGUAGUUGUAAAGAUCCCUAGCAGCCAUAUGCAAUUCCUAUCACUGCUGACUCCAUGUUUCUGCCCACACGUAGACCAAUGCACUUAUUCAGGUGCUGGUUUCAUCUCCUGGGUUUUUAAAGUUUGGCUAUUUUUAUAAAUAAAGAAGUAAAACCGAAGCAGCUUCUCCUUUGCUGUCAAGACUUACUUUUCAAAGAUUAUUCUCUCAGGUAUUUGAAAUAUUAACUCCAGAGCUAAGAUAAUCUUCCUUUUCUGCUCUAAUCCUUACAAAGGCCAUCAAGUUGUGCCCUUUAUCAGUGUUUCUUUUUUCUCCCUUCAACCCUCCCUACCGAUCCAUAUCCAGUAACAGUUUACAUCUUGUGCAUAGGUUUUAUACUAAAACCAGGAAAUCAAAUAAGCUUCCAUUACAGUAACGGCCAGAGUAUUAUCCAAGUAUCCUCCUGGAGUGUUUGUUUUCUGGAAUAAGUUACACUUUUACUCCUUGAAACAUGAAUAGUAUAAACUGAGGAAAGAACUCUAUGAUCUGAAUCUCUUAGGACACUUAGGGGAGCUGCUGCUCUGAAGCUAAUUAAAUCUAUUUC